AAGAAAAAUAAAAGAAGUCGUCUCUCUCCGUUUCUGAGAUCGUCGUCGUCUGCAGAUCACUCAAUUUUCUUCUCCAUUGGAGGUGCCAUUUUCCCGUUUCUAGAUUAGGGUUUCGAUCUCAGCUCCCGCGAAUUUUCGUAUACCUCAUCUGUAAUCUACGGGUUUACGUCGUAGUUAGAUCUAUUAUCGCGAGUUUUGGAUCUGCGCCGUGUGAGGCGGCGGCCGGAGGACGGGUGGAGAUCUGAGGAUUCGGUUCCAACAUGAGCGGAAUGAGAGGUCUCUCCGUAUUUAUCAGUGACAUUCGUAAUUGCCAGAACAAGGAAGCCGAGAGACUCAGAGUUGAUAAGGAGCUCGGAAAUAUACGUACAUGCUUUAAGAAUGAGAAGGUUUUGACACCAUAUAAAAAGAAGAAAUAUGUAUGGAAAAUGCUUUAUAUACAUAUGCUAGGCUACGAUGUGGAUUUUGGUCAUAUGGAGGCGGUUUCUCUUAUAUCUGCGCCAAAGUAUCCAGAGAAGCAGGUUGGCUACAUUGUUACCUCUUGCUUGCUCAAUGAGAACCAUGAUUUUUUGAGGUUGGCAAUAAAUACAGUGCGGAACGAUAUUAUUGGUCGGAAUGAGACUUUCCAAUGCCUAGCACUAACCUUGGUAUGUUUUGUCCAUUCUGCGUUGAGAUCAUACAGUACAGUGAGUGAAANUCAUGCUGUGCUGUUUGAAGCUCUAUCCCUGGUCAUGCAUCUUGAUGCUGAGAAGGAAAUGAUGUCACAGUGUGUUGCUCUUCUUGGCAAGUUUAUUUCUGUCCGUGAACCCAACAUCAGAUAUUUAGGCUUGGAAAAUAUGACACGAAUGCUGAUGGUAACAGAUGUUCAAGAUAUCAUAAAGAAGCAUCAGUCUCAGAUAAUCACUUCUUUGAAAGACCCUGAUAUCAGCAUUCGUAGACGUGCUCUUGAUUUGCUAUAUGGGAUGUGUGAUGUGUCAAAUGCAAAGGAUAUAGUCGAAGAGUUGUUGCAAUAUCUUAGCACAGCAGAGUUUUCCAUGCGGGAGGAAUUAUCACUCAAAGCUGCUAUUCUUGCUGAGAAGUUUGCUCCUGAUCUAUCAUGGUAUGUUGAUGUGAUCCUUCAGUUAAUCGACAAGGCUGGGGAUUUUGUUAGCGAUGACAUUUGGUUUCGUGUGGUUCAGUUCGUAACAAAUAAUGAAGACCUGCAGCCAUACGCGGUAUCGAAAGCAAGAGAAUAUUUGGACAAAAUCGCAAUACACGAGACUAUGUUGAAGGUCAGUGCUUAUAUUUUGGGAGAGUAUGGUCACCUUUUAGCUAGACAACCUGGAUGCAGUGCAAGUGAACUCUUUAGCAUCUUACAUGAAAAGCUUCCCACAGUGUCGACUCCCACCAUUCCUAUUCUUCUUUCCACAUAUGCAAAGCUUCUUAUGCACACUCAACCCCCGGAUCCAGAACUGCAAAAAAAAAUUUGGGCUGUAUUUAAGAAGUACGAGAGUUGUAUUGAUGUGGAGAUACAACAGAGGGCAGUUGAAUAUUUCGAAUUGAGUAAAAAAGGGGCUGCCUAUAUGGAUGUAUUGGCUGAGAUGCCAAAAUUUCCAGAGCGCCAGUCUUCAUUGAUAAAAAAGGCAGAGGAUGUUGAAGAUACCGCAGACCAGAGUGCCAUCAAGCUUAGAGCACAACAACAGCCUUCAAAUGCUUUGGUUUUGGCUGACCCACAGCCUGUUGAUGGAGCACCCCCACCUUUGAAGGUUCCAAUUGUAAGUGGAAGCACGAACCCCGAGUCAGUGGCUCGAUCUGUCUCUCAGGCCUAUGGAACUUUAAGUAGUAUAGAUCCACAAACUCCAUCACCCGAUCUCCUAAGUGACCUGCUCGGUCCUCUUGCAAUAGAGGCUGCACCUGGAGCUGUCUCGACUGAACAACAUGGUCCCAUAGGGGCAGAAGGAGUUCCAGAAGAAGUUGAUGGUUCCGCCAUUGUACCUGUUGAAGAGCAAACAAGUUCAGUGGAGCUGAUCGGAAAUAUUGCCGAGAGAUUCCAUGCUUUAUGUUUGAAAGACAGUGGUGUCUUAUACGAGGAUCCUCAUAUUCAGAUUGGCAUCAAAGCUGAAUGGAGGGGACACCAUGGGAGACUUGUUCUCUUCAUGGGAAACAAGAAUACUUCUCUACUUACAUCAGUCCAAGCUCUAAUACUACCCCCUGCCCAUUUAAAACUAGAUCUGUCUCCAGUACCUGAUACAAUUCCUCCUCGAGCACAGGUACAAUCUCCACUUGAAGUGAUGAACAUCCGCCCUAGUAGGGAUGUUGCGGUUUUGGAUUUCUCCUACAAGUUUGGUACAAACAUGGUCAAUGCCAAAUUACGCAUCCCAGCAACCUUGAAUAAGUUUCUUCAACCUCUACAAUUGACAUCUGAAGAGUUCUUCCCGCAGUGGAGAGCACUUUCAGGACCACCGUUGAAACUUCAGGAAGUUGUUAGAGGUGUAAGACCUCUCGCUCUUCCAGAAAUGGCGAAUUUAUUCAACAGUUUCCAUGUUACAAUAUGCCCUGGGCUUGAUCCAAACCCUAAUAAUCUAGUGACAAGCACAACCUUCUACUCUGAAAGUACAGGAGCCAUGCUCUGUUUGGCAAGAAUCGAAACAGACCCAGCAGACAGAACCCAACUGCGAAUGACAGUAGGCUCGGGAGAUCCGGCUCUUACAUUUGAGUUGAAAGAAUUCAUCAAGGAACAAUUAAUUACUAUACCAAUUGGAUCUCGAGCUCUAGUUCCAGCAGCAGGGCCAGGACCAGCACCUGCACCACCUGUAGCUCAACCACCUAGCCCAGCCGCUUUAGCUGAUGAUCCAGGAGCUCUGCUUGCUGGCUUACUUUAACUUCAUUGGGGUAAGAGAAUACUUGCAGAUGUGGAAAAAGAUUUUUUUUUUCUCGUGAUUGUAGAAUGUAAUGGCGAAAAUGUGGAAUGAUGGGAGAGUAGAUGUAGGACCGAUGGGGAGUGAAGGAGGGUUGAAUAGAAAAUCUAGUUUUGAUCAUAUUUGUGCCUGUCAUCGGAAGCGGGCGAGUUGAGUUAGCUACUAAAUUUUGCAUUCAUUCUGCACAUUUGUGUUGUGAGGUCAGGUGGUUGUAUCAGCUUGUUCUUGUUCCUAUAUAUUUUCAAUCUGUUUCUCCAA